UUCAUCUGGAUAAUUCGAAUUCAAUAAAAUGGGAAAGUCUAAUUCCCAUCCACCACCUCCAGUAUUUGAUGAACCAUGGAGGAAAAUGCCUUGGGGGAAUAAACAUGAUUUAGAAGAGACACUAAGGAACUUUACGCUUAGCAAUCCUGAUGUUAAUAUGGUCAGAAUUCUGAUUGUUGGUGAAGUCGGAGCAGGAAAGUCCAGCUUUAUAAAUUCCAUCAAUAAUACUUUCCAAGGACGAAUCACCUCUGGGGCUCUUGUUGAUGCAACAUCUGGAACCAGUUUCACAAAAGUUUACAAAACUCAUAAGGUCAGAGGAAAGGACGGCUCCAUUCUGCCUUUUGUCUUCAAUGAUAUCAUGGGACUUGAACCUGCAGAUGAUAAAGGUGCACAUGUACAGGACAUUAUUUCAGCUUUAAGGGGGUUUCUGAAGGAAGGAUACAAAUUUAACCCUGCUAACCCCAUUUCCAAGGAUGACAGCGACUACAAAAACAAUCCCAGUGUUUCUGAUCAAAUCUUCUGCCUGGUCAACAUUAUAUCAGGUGACAAAGUGUCAUUCAUGGAUGAUAAGGUUUUUCAGAAGAUGAAAAAGAUCCGUGAGGAGGCUUCAAAACAUAAUAUGCCUCAAGUAAUCGUCAUGACAAAAGUGGAUAAAGUCUGCCCACUGGUUGAAAAGGACCUGACUAAAGUCUACACCAGUAAGAAGGUCAAAGAAAAGAUGCAACAGUGUAGCAAUCUGCUGGGUGUUCCAAUGAACAACAUUUUUCCAGUAAAGAACUACCAUGAGGAGUCGGACACAGAUGUUAACAUGGAUGUUCUGAUUCUCAAAGCACUUGACCAGAUUGUGAAUAUUGCUAAUGAUGCUCUGAUUGAGCUAAACCCUUGCGACGAAAAUGAGUGAAGGCAUUUUUCUCCCCUACACUAGAGUGGCCAUAGCAUAGGUAAUAUUAAUAAAUAAAGCAAAAAUAACAGUAAAUAAAGUGAUAUGAUUACCGGUGUUACUGAGGUAUGCCUACUGUAUUAUGGCCUUUUCAUAUCGUUGCCGCGAAAGUUUCGUAUCUUUGCCGCGUUUGUAUCAGCGUCUAAAUUAUAUAGCUUUUCCGUUUAUUAUUUAAGAAUCAUAAUCGGAAUUUCAGCUGCACACCAGAUUUACCUCGAUCACCAGGGGGCGAUAUUACACUUUAGUGCUGUUCUCAGCUACCUUAUUGGUUUCUUCAACUUCCAUUAGCAAAUUGUGCGCUUUUAAAACUCAAUGCUUUUUUCUUUUGAAUUUAGCAUCUGGACAUUUUCUUUUCUCUCUUUUGUCGCAUGCUUUUUUUUUUUUUACAAACACCAGCUUCAGUCUCAGCUAAAUAAUGAGUUUGAUCCACACUAUUUUCCACAGUUUUGUCAGUUUUUACAAGGAAGUAAGUGAUUUCUUCAGUCAGCCAGUAAUGAUCGCCAUGUUAGAUUGAAAAGUAUUUUUUUUUAUUUUUCUUCCUAAUAAAGAUA